UUCUCUCUCUCCCCUCUAGACUCUUCGAUUCCAAAUCCUGCCCCUUUUUUAGUCGCCUCUCCCUCACCCGACGCCACCCACUCUCUCGCAUUCUCUUGCACUUCUUCGUUUUUCCACAUCAGUGCCUUUCUUUCGCCUCCGAUCUCGCUUGGUUUUGAAGAACCAGUCAUUAAUGUCUCGUGGAAACCAGAGAGAUCGAGAUCGAGAACGGGCUCAGGCCAGAGCAUCUAAUAAAGGCAAGCAGGCUAAGGGCGAUGGAUUAACCCCUGAACAGCGCCGGGAAAGAGAUGCCAAGGCAUUACAGGAGAAAGCAGCAAGGAAGGCAGCUCAAGCUGCAGGAGGGAAUAAUGCAGGUGGUGGAGGAAAGAAAAAAUAAGUCAAGGAUCAUUAUGUCUAAUCAUUUUGAUUAUAAUAGAAAUGGAAUUAUUUGUAUUUCAUAUUCUGAUAUGGGUUUUGGGUUUAAGUUAAACAUUGGUGUUUGCUUGUGGGAUAUUCAUCGAUGUUGGCUUCUAAACCCUGGACUUCUAUCCCUUCUGUGUGGAAUGCAAAUUGUUUGUACCAUUUUCUAAUGAUCUUCAUCUUAUCUCUUCUUCUUCUA